AGACCUUCUCUUUAUCUUUAUCUCCAUGAGAUUCAAGAAUCGUUUAUUUUCAUCUUGUUUUGCAGGUAAUGUCCAAUGAAUACGAUACUGUCGCCCCUCCUGGAGCAAAGCGAAUGAAAACUGAUGAAUCCAUAGAACAGAAGAGAGUCCUCUACGUAGUGCUGGAAGGGUGUAGCCUUGAAACUGCUAAGAUAGGAAAGGACUAUGUAAUCUUGUGUAGUGACAAGCAUGCUAACUUUCUACGUAAGAAUAAAAAGGAUCCAGCAGACUACCGUCCUGAUAUAUUGCACCAAUGUUUGUUGAAUUUACUGGACAGUCCACUUAAUCGAGCCGGUCAGCUACAGAUCUUCUUCCGUACCAACAAAAACGUUCUUGUGCAAGUGAGUCCACAGUGUCGCAUUCCAAGAACAUUCGAUCGGUUCUGUGGUUUAAUGGUCCAACUUCUACAUAAAUUGGUUGUACGUGCUGCAGACAGCUCUCAGAAAUUGCUGACGGUGAUCAAAAACCCUGUCUCCAAUUACCUGCCUGUAGGAAGUCGAAAAAUUUUAAUGACGUUCAAUACUGAAGAACUUGUUGUACCAAACAAACUUGUAUCACCGAAGGAUGAAGCUCCUCUUGUAGUCGUGAUAGGUGGUAUUGCUCGAGGAAAGAUAGUAACCGACUACACCGAUCGCGACGUAAAAAUCAGUAAUUAUCCUCUCAGCGCAGCGCUAACGUGUGCGAAAGUUACGAGCGGUUUAGAAGAAAUCUGGGGGGCGAGUGACUGCUGA